GUACUUGUUACGUAGCGCGAAAUGCGGUUUUUGCGUUACCUGUAGAAAAAUAUAGUGUAGACAUGAGUGUUCAAUCUUUUCAACUAUCUGAACUAGAGGAAAAAGCUCGUGCAAGUGCACUCAAAAGAGUUUCUGAUCAUUUUCAAAAGCCAGAACAACUGGAUAAGAUAGAUAUUAUUAAAUCUAGAUUUCUAAAUCAAAAGACUGCCACCGAAGCUCAGUUAAAAAUGGCUCUAUAUAGCCAGUUAGACGGCAGUAAAGUCGGUUUGGAAAAACUGGAUACUGCCCUCGCUGAAUCACAAACAUGUAGGAACAGACUCAUCCAACUGGGAUCUUCAUUGUCUGGUUUGUCCGGCUUGUCGCAGCAAUUGCAUGAGUUAAAAAAUCUCUCAACUAAAUACAGUCAACUCGGUGCUGCUAUGGAAAAUAUGAGUUAUCUUGUGAAGGCCCCUGAAACAUUUGAACAGGCUCGAACUUAUCUGGAGUCAGAAAAUCUCUUAGAAGGUCAUAAACUAAUGCAGGAUUUGGAAGGAAUUCGAGAUGAACUGAUGUUUGAAGUGUAUCGACAAAAGUCUAUGGAAGAUUUAGAUACAUUGCGUGCCUUUUUCCGUGAGCUGGAAAAUUUAAAUGACACGUUUAGACAUAAAAUAAUUGUCCUUGGAUCACGUUUAACUAGUGCAGUAAUUACUCACAAUCGCUUUGUUGUUAAUUGUGUACGUGUUAUUGACCGUGAAGAAAGAACUGAUGCUAAUUGGCGGAAACGAUCAGAGAAACAUGGUUUUAUGCCAGAUGGACGACCGAAACAAUGGAAAAAGCUGUUAUUUGACAGUAUAUUUAACACUAUAAAAAAUAAGGUGUUUGGAAGCGCGCUAGACAAUGAAAAUGAUAAAAAUAAAUUAGUUCGACACAAUGAAGCCAUUAGACAGCAUACGCUAGCAGAUUUGAAAAUAGCAAAAAAUAUAUGUCCAACAUAUUUUCCAGCAGAUUAUGCUAUAUUUGAUCGAUUUGUUGAAAUGUAUCAUGAAGCUAUCGGAAUGCAUGUUGAAAGUUUAGUACUUGAGGGUCUAUCUGAUACAGAGAUUGUACAACUACUAGGUUGGAUAAAUUCUUAUCAUACUGAAGAAUUCAUGAAAAAUCCUUUCAUGAAUAUUGACUUUAAUCGAUUGAAUUUAAGACAUCCGAUUAAUUUGUUACCUGAUGAAAAAUUAAAUUCACUUCGAAAGCAAUAUGUUUCAAAGACGAUUGAACGACUUAAAUCAUGGUUAGCAAAUUCACUCUUAAAGGAUACUUCUGAUUGGCAACGUUCAACUGGGCCUGAAUUAGAUGGAUCUUCUAAUUAUUUCACUGAUUUGCCUGUAUUAGUCAUGACACCUAUCAAUGAAAUGAUUGGUAAAGGUAAUUUAUUGCAUUAUCUGGGCAAUGCUGUAAGAGAACAAUUUUUUACUCAAUGUGUUGAAGAGAUGGCGCUUUUCGUGAAAGAUUACGAUGAUGAUAUUAAAAAGUACAGAGCAGCCUACAUACAAGACAGAUCGAAAUUUCCAUGCUAUAUAGAAUACAUUUUAGCCAAUGCAAAUGGUGCAUGUAUGAUUGCGCAUAGUUUUGUCACAGUAAUUAUGGAUGAAUUGACUGAAGAUUCACAUCUUAAAGGGAAUCUGACAGCUAGGAUUAGUCAUUUGAAAUCAGAAUAUGAAAAAGUAGCUGAACAAUGGAUAGCUUAUGCUGAAGAAACCGUAUUCAUGGAUUUAAAUCGUGUACUAAGCGUGAUUAUGACAUCUCAAUGGCUACGCCCGGAUGACAUGACAACACAAUAUCUGGUUGGUACAUUAGCCGAUUAUGAUGAAACAUUGAAGCAUACAAGACAAAAUUUAUAUGAUAAAUUAGCUGAAAAAUUGGCUGAACGAAUGUUAAUUGAAUACUUGAAAGCAUUAAUAAGCCGACGAAGUCCGCUUUCUACAGAAUCUGAUAGAAAAAAAGCUGGUGAGAAAAUCACACGAGAUGGACAUGAUUUAAAGAAUUAUUUUGAAGAGAAAAUGAAAGUGAAAAGUGAAGUAAUUAUGGCAUACGACGCUUUAACAACUAUCGGUCAGUUGUUCCUUACAACUGAUACAUCAAUGUUACCCUUGGAUAUUGCUAAUUUGAAACGUCAAUUUCCUGAUGUUCGUUCCGAUCAAGUUUAUGCCUUGCUUGUUGCUCGUGGAGAUGUUACAUCUGACAAUGCUAAAGGAGUAAGUUUCCAAGGAAAAUAAAGAGCUCUUCAAUAAUUAGAAGUAUUCAAUUUUUCUUGGGGGUUGUUUUUAUUUUAGAUUCGAUUGUAGUUGGCUGCUUCUCACUGUGGCUAAAUGGCAUUUUAUCGAGGUUGUAUGGUGAAUAACUGGAACCCAAUAGACGCGUUUCACCCCACUCGAGAUUCAUCAGCUGGAUGUUCCUGCAUCUCUCAGUGUUGAUGUUCACAUGGAGAUUCGAACUCAUCACCUCUCAGCUUAAGUACCAUCAUUUUAUCCACUGAGUUGCUGAUUCCGAUUUCUUACCAGGCCUCUCUAAUAGGAUAAAACGCACCUCCUGCAUCCUAUCUUUACCCAUUAUCCAACCUUAAUAAAAGCCUGUGACUAAAUGGCAGUAUUGGGAAAAUCCGUUUACGAUGCACAUAUACCAAUAAAGACUAAACAGACAAUUAUUAACAUUGAUAACGGGAGAAAGAAAACCUGUACAAGUUAGAUGAUUAGUCAGGCUUACCGACUUAUAUAGCUCAAUCUUCAAAAUAUCGGGUAUUAAGAAUCACAGUAUGUCCAAAGUCAUUUAAGAUUGAUUUUCAGUUUUAUUUUCAUUAACCAAAGAAUUCUUUAUUUUUCUGGGACUUAAUAUUCUGAGUACAAUACGCUAUUGAAAAUAAUAUCCUCCUAGAAAAACUCAUUAAUAUUCCGAGAAUAUUCUUCAAACUGGUAACACAAUUUCAAAGCUUUGUGGUAGUUUAAACAGCUUUAUUUAUUUUCUCGUUAGAUUUUGAAUUGUGUUGCCAUCGUAUCCCAAGUGUCUUGGAUAAUGGCUUCCAUUUCUUGCGAUUCACAAAAGUUCAGCUAAUUCUAAGGUUACUCGCUCAACAGUCGCAACGGGAACGAGCUUAUCUAACUUCGUGGUUAGACUCUUAUUACUUUGCAAUCGUAUGUGAGUACUAUCAUAACCAAUUUUCGUUCCGAAAACCUCUGAGCUUCAGUAAUGUUGCAUUCGAUUGUUCAAUAGCUUGACCGCUUUUGUCAGGCAUUUCCUGGAUACUCUGACAGGUGGGGUGAGUUUAUCCAUACUCGGAAGGUUCGGCCUUCCUAAUAUCAAUUGAUAGUCAGUGAGUACCGAUAAGACGAAGAUUCCGUACUAAACCACAAAUGCUCCCGAUUCCCUGUUAAAACCCAGUGUUGAGUAGUAGUAAUAAUUCUUUUAUGAAAGUCAGUACAGAAUACACACCAGUUUACAGGCAUGAUCAGGUUGAUACAAAUUGUUAGUUAAGACUCAAUUCACUUAAUCUGAAUAAACAUGGAUUCCAAGUAACUUCCAGGACGGAUUUAAAUUAGUGAGUAUUGAACAAUGAGAGCUGUGGGGAAUGUAAAUAAGUAAAUCAGUAUUAAUACUUUUUACUCCGUAAUGCAACGUGGUGUAGGCUACCAGUUGAAAUUCGGGGAACAGGUACUAUGAACCACUUCACUCGCGAUAUAAAUGGACUCCUUAGUGACUAUAGGACACUGCUUAAGCCACCUGUGUACUUGGACUUUAUUUCUUUUGUAAUUUUAUAACGCAAAAAUAUAUUUACGUACUUACUAUUAUACUUAAGUAAGUCUACGAAUCACUUUUUAAGUACUUGUCUUGUGGUCGCUUUAGAAAUUAUCUGACUAUAUUCGAUACUUGACACAGAGUGUAGUCCAUCAAUAUCAGAAAGAUGUUCUAUUUAAAUAAACAAAGGUAUACUGUGCAAUACAGUAUAAUAAAUAUGUAGAGCGAUCUACGAAAACUGUAUAUAGUUCUCUGGUCACUUCUUGUUUGGCAAUUUUUCUGUUGUCGAUAGAUAUGUGUCAUAACUUAAAAAAAAACCUAUUCACAACAUAAUAUUAAAUAUAACGAUAUGUAGAGACCGUAUUUCAGUCUACUAAAACCGUGGUAAUAAAUUAAGCGGACCCUUUUGUUUUGGUGCUUGCCUUGUUCUCAUUUUACAGUAUCGUUUUCUUGUUCGUUGGUCAAUUACUGUCCUUUAAAAUAAAUAUUUCCAGCUUCAGCACUUGUCCGCGCAUUCUAGCAAGUCAUACUUGUAAUUUUUAGGAGUUUAAUCUUCCGCUGAAACUGGCACAUGAAGUUCGUGACUGACGAAUUCCAGAAUUAGGAAACAGGGGAGCAAUAUAUUUAUUACUGUUCAGUAAUCAGUUGUCUCAUUCUUUUAUUUUUUGGUUACUCUUUUUAUUAUGCUUGCUUUCACUUUGCAUUCAAAGUCUUUGUACUCAUUUACUUUUUGGUUGAGUGGAUCAGCCUUAUUUCACAAAUCCUCCGGGGUAAUUGUCACUAUAUUCGGUCGAGUCUCGAACAGAACGAAAAUUACUGUAUUCUGGUAUCCGAACCCAUGCUCAAAUGUAUUUUCAGUUUAAAAUAUAUGAUGUUAAAUGUUGAAAUUUAUGCCUAUGUGUUAAGUUAUGAAAGCGUUAUUAUAAAUUUAUAUUACUUACAAGUAGUAUCAUUUCACUUCGAGACUAUUGUGUGAACUCGAAUUUUUCAAUUUUAUCUAACCGUGACACUAUGAUUUAUUUUCUUAGCUUUCGGCUGACUCUCAUUACGGAAGGGAAUUGUCACAGAAGCCAUCACCGUUCGCAAUUUUCACACGAUUAGUUGUCGCAAUGGACACACAUUAGUGCUCACUUUCUGGCCGGAAAAGAAAUAAUGUAAAAUUGAUCAAUUUCGUGACUUUUUCAAUCCCAUUAUUUUUAUCUUUAUAAUAUAAUCACUGAGUUACUUUCUACGUUUUAUUUAUUUAUCUUUUGCUUCAGAUAAACCCUUAAAUUAAAACAAUCAAAAGUUUAUAUUCUAACCAUUUUUGUUUAAUUGCACGGAAUGUCGAAAGUCACAUCUGCAGUUCUAUUUUUGUAUCAUGUCAUCAGUAGAUCUAACAUAAUAAUGUAAGCAUUAAGUGCGACUUGACUUACGGUGAUAAAUUAUUAAAUUGAUUUGAC